AUGCCUUCUUUUGAACCAUUGAAAAACGACUUGAUUUUGAGAGCCGCUAAGGGCGAGAAGGUCGAAAGACCACCCAUCUGGAUCAUGAGACAAGCAGGACGCUAUCUUCCUGAAUACCACGAGGUCAAGGGCGGCAGAGACUUUUUCGAAACGUGUAGAGACGCCGAGAUUGCUUCUGAAAUCACCAUCCAGCCAGUGGACCACUUUGACGGUCUCAUUGAUGCUGCCAUUAUCUUUUCAGAUAUCUUGGUGAUCCCACAGGCCAUGGGCUUUGAGAUCAACAUGAUUGAAGGCAAGGGUCCUGUUUUCGCCGACCCCUUGAGAUCUCGCGAGGACAUCAACAGAGUCAACUUGAAGCCCGAUGUGUUGAAAUCCUUGGACUGGGCUUACAAGGCUAUCACACUCACCAGAACAAAGUUGAAGGGCAGAGUGCCCCUUUUAGGUUUCUGCGGUGCUCCAUGGACCCUUUUAGUGUACAUGACCGAGGGCCAGGGCUCUAAGAUGUUCCGUUUCGCCAAGCAGUGGAUCUACGAGUACACCAAGGAAUCACAUACCUUGCUCCAGGCCAUCACCGACGCUUGUAUUGAGUUUUUGGCCCAGCAGGUCGUUGCUGGUGCCCAGAUGUUGCAGGUGUUUGAGUCCUGGGCAGGUGAGCUCGGUCCCAAUGAAUUUGACGAAUUCUGUUUGCCAUACUUGCGCCAGAUUGCUGCCAAGUUGCCAGCAAGACUAGCAGAGCUCGGUGUGAAGGAAAAGAUCCCACUUACUGUUUUCGCCAAGGGCGCCUGGUACGCCUUGGACGAUUUGUGUGAGUCUGGUUACGACACUGUUUCGUUGGACUGGCUCUAUAAGCCUGAGGAUGCUGUGAAGGUUGUGAACGGCAGAAGAAUCACUUUGCAGGGUAACCUCGACCCCGGCAUUAUCUACGGAUCUGACGAGGUUAUUUCCAAAAAAGUGGAGCAAAUGAUCAAAGGUUUCGGCGGUGGCAAACAGAACUACAUUGUCAACUUUGGUCACGGCACUCACCCCUUCAUGAAGCCAGAGAAAAUCGAGCAUUUCCUCAAGGAGUGCCACCGUUUCGGGUCUGCCUAA